AUGUUCGUCAGAUUAUUCUUAAACAGAGGUUUGUUCUGUGUAGCAGUAAAGGGCUUUGGUAAAUCAAAAUCAUCCAUAGUUCAAUCUAAAACUACGCGUGAAUAUCGGAAAUUUUUUGGAAAUAUGAAAUACGCAAAAUUAUCGCAGACAAAAGAUUUGAUGCCCACUUUAGGUUUAGGUACUUGGCAGGCUUCACCAGAUGUGAUAGGAUCUAUAGUAUAUAAAGCGUUAGAUUUGGGUUACCGGCACAUCGAUACGGCAUUCAAUUAUAAUAAUGAGGAGGCGAUUGGAAUGGCAAUACAAAAAUGGAUUAAGGACAGGAAGGGAUCAAGAAGAGAUUUAUUCAUUACAACAAAGUUACCCCACGUUGCAAAUAGAGCGUCGGACGUAAAAAAGUUCUUUGAGCUACAGCUUCAGAGAUUGCAGUUAGAUUAUGUGGACUUGUAUUUGAUACAUGUACCAUUCGCAUUCCAUUGCGACCCGAAGACCCUCACGCCAAUAGUAAAGAGCUGCGGAGAGUACGAGCUGGAUCAUGACACUGACCAUGUUAAAACUUGGAAGGCCAUGGAAGAUUGUCAAAAAGACGGUUUGGUUCGGAACUUGGGCUUAUCUAAUUUUAAUGAGGCUCAAAUAGCAAAUAUUAUAAAGAGCGCUACAAUUAAGCCGCAAGUUCUUCAAGUGGAGUUGCAUGCAUACUUUCAACAAAUACCAUUGAGACAGUUUUGUGAGGAACACGAUAUAGUGGUGACUGCGUAUGCACCACUCGGUAGUCCGGGUGCGAAGGACCAUUUCGUCAAUAAAUACAAUUACAGCCCUGACAAAUUUCCGGAUCUACUAGGACUCCCAGAUGUAAAGAAAAUGGCUGAAAAGUACAAAAAGACACCCGCCCAAGUCUUACUACGCUUUCUAGUUCAGCAGAACGUUGUCGUUAUACCUAAAAGUACUAGCGAAAAAAGAAUUAAGGAAAAUUCAAACAUAUACGACUUCAAGUUGACUUUGGAGGACAUAAAAACUUUAAAGAACCUGGAUAGAGGUGAAGAUGGCCGCAUCUUCAAUUUCUUAUUUUGGAAGGGAGUUGAAAACCAUCCGGAGUACCCUUUUAAAUUGCCAGUAUCUUUGUUUGGUAUUUGA